AUGUCUCCAUCUAAUCAUGAGAAGCAACCAAAACCACAAAUCGACAGUACGGUCUCAGGGGCGUUAGGCCGUCUGAUGGCAAAGGGGACUUGGACCUACAAGCAAACUGAUGUCGGUCAGCAAGCAGGAGCACCUAACCGCCAUUCCGAGGCCAUCAAGAAACAACGACUUGAAGAAUCUCAAAGAAUCCUAUCAGAAUCGCCUUCUUCGUCCAAGGGUCAAGCCGUCCAAGCACUUGCUGCUCUCUUUUCGUAUCCAGUUCUCGGCGCAGAAUAGAUUUGCCCACACGACACCAUAACAUUGCUCCUUAUGCUUGUUGUUGAUGGAAUACCUGCCGAAUCGAAGGUUUGGCCUAGUGAAGUCCAAUUGGGACAGUUGAAUGACCCCUACUAUGAACACCUACGAAGUGGAGCAGAAUCCUGCAGAGCGAAGGAAAGUGCAGUACGAGAUUCAGAAAGCAAAUGUCUAUGCGAGCCAUCUGAGCACGCGAUCCUACAUUGUCGAAAAAUAUCUCAACAUGCGCGAUGCUAGCGAG